AUGGAGUCUUUACCUCACUCACCGAGCUCAUUUCGCUCCCGCCGCUCUCAUACGUCGCUGCGUCACAUCUCACUUGCGCCAUUGUCAUCCAGAUUCCCUCUUGAUGAUGAUGACGAACUUGAUUCCGACUACCAUUAUUCAAAUCCCAAUGGGUCGGACCCUUCCCGACGACUCUCAUAUAGUUCUCAUCGUGCCACAUCGUCUUACCUUGCCAGUGCCUCUGUUCCCACAACGCCGCCGAUACUCUCUCGUAACACCUCGUAUACUAAUCUCCCGAAAAGAAAAACCACUCCAAGCUUAUCUCAUAUGAGCCAUACAAAUUUAGACAGAAUAAAGUCUGAGCAUACCCGCCAUCACCGCAGGUCCAAAAGUUACACUACUCUAGGACCAAAACUAAGCAAUACGGCUACGCGUCAGGACUCCGAGUGGCUUUUGCGGGCAGGAUUGGCGUUAUCCUCUUCCACCCGGGAAGAAAAGGGCCAGAGCUGGCUCGUGAAACGAGAUAGCUCAACGAGCCUUGUCUCAGAAGACGUUCCUGAUAACGAGCCUUGGCGCAACUCUCGUCAUCACUCACGUCAUAGCCAUGGCCGAAGACAGAGAUCUGGACUAUCAACGCCUGUUACUUCUUCACGGCGACCCUCCAACUCUCAUGUUUCCAGCAAAUUUAGCAGUCGAGUAGACCUUUCUAUGACGGUAGCGGGCCUUGCAGAGCAAAGCCCUGACGAUCGCGCUUCAAUAUCCGACGAUGCUGUAGGACUCGUGCCGGACUUUGUUGAUGAGACCGUCCGUAGUGAAAUGGCUGCGAUGUCCUCACAGCCAUUUGGUCAGGCAAAAGCGCCGAGCCAGCGAGGAGUGCGAAGUUUCGAUGACGGCGGAUACCCGGCGGUGUCGCGACGAAAUUCCGCAUUUGAUUCCUCAUUUUCGGCAUCGUCCUCAGAAUUCUCGGAUUCCGAAACAGAUGAAGAGGAGGAGGUAGACGAGGCGGAAAUGCAACGUUUGACUCGUGAACGAGGGUUAGGCCUUGGUAGUUGGAUAGAUCGUCUGGUUGAAUGGACCCUUUUUAGUGUAGAAGAUGAGAUUCCCGCAGUUCCCGCAGAACCUUCCCGUCAACCUCGUCAGUUUGGUGAUAUUCAACAUCAAACUUUGGUUGAAGAACCGGACAACAGUUCCAGUCAGUACUAUGAAAGUUCGGAGACGGAAAGUGACAACCAACAACGGGAGAAGGAAGACGAAAUUUCGAUGGCGAUGCCUAUAGAAAUACCAAGUGAUCAAGGUGGAUGGUCUGAUGUUGGCUGGCUACUUCGCGUAGCGAAGACCAUCGUUUUUUAA